UGAAAAUUUCGCUUCGAGCCAUACAUAAGUAAAACAUAACUGAGAUGAGUUUUCGACAAAUCGACGACAAGAGAUGAAAUAUUCGCUUCUAGAUGUCAAAAUUUUCACCCUUUUCGUGUCGAUCUCAAGGAAUUGAAGUAAAUAGAUUGAUAAACCUAAUAGCUCCCGUUUCUAGUGUAGUUGGGAUCUAAUCGUUAAGUUUUGCUCUGUUGAGUUGAUAGCUGUGAGGUAGAAACCCUAUUUUUGGUGGACGUCAGAACCCAGCCAGGAAGCCAUGUACAGAGCUGUGUGGCGUUCUCCAUUGCGAUUAAUCGUGGGCUCGAAGUUAAGGUCGACCGUAUCACGGGGACGGGGACGAAAUGGAAUUGAUAUCGGGGCUAGGUGUUCUUGUUCUCGUAAUGUCACGACAUUGAUGGGUAAUGACUUCAUUCGAUGCCAAGAUGAGUCAACUAGGAAGAUCUUGCAGGUGCAGAUUGUCGAUGCACUUCGUUCGGGAGAAAGGCAUGGAGCGUCAGCUCUGCUUUUAAAGUUAAUACAGGGAAAUUAUUCACUUAGUGCCGAUGAUUUUCAUGGCAUUCUAAAAUAUUGUGCACGGUCACCGGAUGCUGUGUUUGCCAUGGAGACUUACAGUGUAAUGUGUAAGAAGGAAAUCAGUCUGGACAGCAGAUCUUUGUUGUUCAUAGUACAAGCCCUUUGUAAUGGGGGACACUUGGAUAAGGCGCUAGAGUUUAUUCACGCUCUCGGAGAAAAUGAUAGUAUCUCUCCUCUUUUGCCUGUGUAUAACUAUUUUCUUGGAGCCUGUGUAAAAACGAGAAGUGGGAAUUACGCUAGUAAAUGUCUGGAAUUGAUGGAUGAACGGAGAGUGGGGAAGAAUGAAAUAACAUAUGCAGCACUUCUCAAGCUUGCAGUUUUUCAGCGCAAUCUGUCAUCUGUUAAUGAAAUAUUGAAACACUAUGUGGACCACUAUAGUCUGAACAUACUCUCACUGAGAAAAUUCAUAUGGUCCUUUACGAGGUUGGGGGAUUUGAAAUCAGCAUAUGAAUUAUUGCAACACAUGGUGGCUCUAGCGCUAAGAGGAGAGCUCUUUGUUAAAUCUAAUAGAGGAAAAAUGCAUUCCAUGAGACUGGAUAUUCCUAUACCAUCAAGUGGUCAAACGGGAUCAGAGAAAGUUCCUUUGGGAGUAAAUGAUCACACAGCUCCGCUAAUGGUGGAAGCCCAUGGAAAUAACACUGUGGCUUUGCCGAAAGGUCACAACAAAAUCCCUGCAACUAGAGUCCUCAGGUGGUCGUUCAAUGAUGUGAUUCAUGCAUGUGGACAAUCUAAAAACUCUGAGCUAGCGGAGCAGCUAAUGCUGCAGAUGCAAAAUCUUGGGCUUCAACCAUCAAGCCACACAUAUGAUGGUUUCAUUAGAGCUGUAGCAUUUCCAGAAGGAUACGAAUAUGGCAUGACACUGUUGAAAGUAAUGCAGCAGCAGAAUCUGAAACCAUAUAAUUCAACUCUUGCUACGGUUUCAGCCUAUUGCAGCAAAGCCUUUCAAGUUGAUUUAGCUGAACACCUGCUGGAUCAAAUUUCUGAAUGCUCGUACGCAUAUCCUUACAAUAACCUUCUUGCUGCGUAUGACUCCUUGGAUCAACCAGAGCGUGCUGUCCGAGUUUUGGCUAGAAUGAAACAGCUAAAACUGCGUCCGGAUAUGAGGACGUAUGAACUGCUCUUUUCAUUAUUUGGUAAUGUGAAUGCACCAUAUGAAGAGGGCAACAUGCUAUCCCAAGUAGACUGUUGUAAAAGGAUUAACGCUAUAGAAAUGGACAUGGUGAGAAAUGGUUUUCAGCACAGCCCUAUCUCAAGGCGGAAUGUGCUGAGAGCCCUCGGAGCUGAAGGUAUGGUGAAUGAGAUGAUCCGACACCUGCAAAGUGCUGAGAAUAUGUAUCUAGAUACGCCUACAUACAACAUAGUGCUUCAUUCACUUCUUCAGGCAAAUGAAAUUAACAUGGUGACCAAAAUAUUCAAACGUAUGAGAGCAUGUGGCUACCCUGCAGACGCUGCUACCUACACCAUAAUGAUUGAUUGUUGCGGCAUUAUUCGCUCUUAUGAAUCAGCCUGUGCUCUAGUUUCUCUGAUGAUCCGUGGCGGAUUUUCUCCAAAUGCGAUUACGUUUACUGCUCUGAUGAAGAUGUUGUUGAAUAAUGAUAAUUUCGAGGAGGCACUCAAUCUCUUGGACCAAGCUGCAUUGGAAGAGAUACAUCUCGAUGUCUUAUCAUACAACACCAUUUUGCGUAAAGCAUUUGAGAAGGGGAUGAUUGAUGUGAUUGAGUACAUAGUGGAGCAAAUGCACCGAGAGAACGUGAAUCCAGAUCCAACAACAUGCCAUUUUGUUUUCACUUGUUACGUGGAAAAAGGGUAUCAUACGACAGCAAUGGAAGCGUUGAAUGUCCUGAGCCUAAGAAUGCUCAGCGAUGAAGUCAAAGAGAGUCUUCAGGAGAAGAAAACAGAGCUUGAGGAAAACUUCGUCAUGAGCGAAGAUCCUGAAGCCGAAACAAAGAUAAUCGAGCUGUUCAGUAACUCUCAGGAGCAUCUCGCAGCAGCGCUUCUGAAUCUAAGAUGGUGCUCGAUGCUCGGGGCUCGGAUUAUAUGGUCGGAAGAGCAAAGCUCAUGGGCCAGAGGACUCUCCAACAAGUAUGGUUAAUAGGUAGAAUGUAAGAGUGUUUCAUUUUUCUUCAUGAAAAAGCGGUUUUGGUCUUCUUUCUCUUCGCUGUUGAUUCUCCGCCAAUUUCUCUUUUUGUUUUGUUGUAUCAUAUACAAAUUUGUUACGGACGUCACCACUCACCAAUCAACCAGUUAGGCGUUUACGAACCACCUAAGAAACAAAGGCGGUUUGAGUUUUUUCUCAACUA